AUGGAUAUAGAAGAAAAAAAGAAUAUGCAGUAAAGCGAUGGCGAUGAAAUAUUUAUUCACAUUUAAGACAAUGCAAAUUAAUAUAUUUAAAAAACAGAUGAUAAAAGCUAGAACUAAGUUAUGAUACCCAACUAAGUAAUCGAUCCCUAACAAAGUAAGUUAAAACCUUUAACUUUCGAAUAAAUUAAAUUGGUUUCAUCAACUUAAGUUAGUGGAGAUGGACAUGUUAAAUCUGUAAGAGUUUAAUGUCCUUAAUGUAAAUAAAAGGUAUAGAAAACCAGUAUAUAAGGUUGAUACUGUUAUUGUGCGCAAAAUUGGAUCACAAACAUAUGUUGCCUCUUGCUUGCUUUUAUUAUGCUCUUUUGGUUUGGUUUGCGUUUCUUGUCUACCAUGCAUAAUUGACGAUUGCAAGGAUGUGUUACAUUCUUGUCCUUAAUGCAAGACUCCACUUGGUAAAACUUAAUUUACAAUUUUGGAUUGA